AUGACCCCGUUCCGCAACUUCCUCACCAAAAGGCCCGCGCUACCGAAUAGCGGGGAAGCCGAUAACGUUAGUCGCUUGUCCGCAGACAGCCAUCAUUCAACGCCCUUGAAUAUCAGGAAAAGCACCGACAAUGAACCGCCUGAAUAUAAAUUGAGUGGCAUGUUUUCUCUUCUCCUCGCUGUGGAUAUAGACGUCGCUAAUACUGGUUCGCGAAAAACAGUGGUCGACGAUAAUGGAGCGUAUCUUCCGCCAUCUCCGCCGGAAAGGCAGAGCUUCUGGCGCAGGUACCCGGGCUCCAAUAGAUCCUCGAACCAUCGCGACCUCGUCGACGAGAAUGAGCCGUUCUCAAUAUCCCGCGAGUCCUUCGAUUCGUAUCGCCGGUCGUUCGAUAUAUCUGCCCGAUCACCUAUAAAUUAUAGCGACGCAAUGCCCUCUCGCACGUCGCUUGACUCACGUUUCUCCCGUCUAUCAACCCCCUACGCAAAGGGCCUGGAAAAGCAACCCACAUCGAUGGAAGAAGAACAAUUCGAGGAUGUUGGACUCGACGACGACAACGAAUCCAAACCGAAAAAGAAAGGCUUAUUCUCGCGACUUGGCGACUUCACAAAUGAUAGCCAGACAUCAAGCAACUCUAAACUGGGCUUUCACAUCCCGGGCAGAAAACGAGGACAGAGCAACGUAGGAUCAGAGCUGGGAUCUAUGAAGUCACCACCAACUGUAGAGUCGGAAUUACGCGAUGCGUGA